UAAAAACGCAUCAGGUGGUGUGCUAAAACUGGUUGGUGAAUUACAGUGUGAAUUUUCCUUCAAUGGAACUAACUGUACAGGAAUAUGUUACCUAACAGAACGGCCAAACCUUGAUCUUCUUGGUCUAGAUAUGCUAGACAAACUUGGAAUAAUGGAUAUACUAAUUAACAGUGUCUGUAACGUAUCGUGUUCAUCAUUGGACACCCAAUUACUUCCAAAGAAGACAGGUGAACGGUUACUAGAUAAACUGAAAAGAAAGUUUGCCUCUGUUUUUCAGAAUAGCCUUGGCCACUGUACCAAGAUGAAAGUGCACUUACCAGUGAAACCAGAUGCCAUACCUAUUUUUCGCCCGAGACGUCCUGUACCAUAUGCUGCUCUUGAGCUAGUCGACCAGGAACUUAAUCGCCUGCAGCAGGCUGGUGUAAUCCGACCAGUUAACUACUCUGCAUGGGCCGCACCGAUUGUAGUGAUUAAGAAGGCCAAUGGGACUAUACGCAUAUGUGCCGAUUUCUCGACCGGUUUAAAUGCUGCAUUAGAUGUAUAUCAAUAUCCCUUACCAGUUCCGGAAGACCUGUUUGCCAAGCUUAAUGGUGGGACAUGUUUCGCGAAAAUAGACUUCUCCGAUGCUUAUCUCCAAGUGGAAGUAGAUGAAGAUAGUAGAGAGCUUCUGACCAUUAACACUCAUCGAGGGUUAUUUCAAUACACCCGUUUACCAUUUGGCAUCAAGACCGCACCCGCCAUCUUUCAGCAAAUAAUGGAUACGAUGCUAACAGGUAUACCUGGUACAGCAGCUUAUCUAGAUGAUAUCAUAGUUAUGGGUUCAACUGACAGUGAACUUUCUGAGCGACUACACCAAGUCCUUAACCGAGUGUUGGAGUAUGGUUUCCAACUACGUGAGGAAAAAUGUAUCUUCUUCAUGCAUUCGAUCAAAUACCUUGGUUUUAUCUUAGAUAAGAACGGUCGCCGACCAGACCCUGCCAACAUCGAAGCCAUCCAGAAGAUGCCUGCACCAACUGAUGUUUCUUCAUUAAGAUCCUUCUUGGGGUUAAUCAGUCAUUACAGCACAUUCUUGCCUGAAAUGCACCGAGUGAGAGGUCCCCUAAAUGAAUUACUAUCGAAAGAUAAACCUUGGCAGUGGUCAGCAGAAUGUCAAGCAUCUUUUGACAGAGUCAAAUCAAUGCUCAGCUCAAAGAUUCUUUUGACGCACUUCGAUCCCAGCUUGGAAAUUGUUGUUGCAUCUGAUGCCUCUAGUCAUGGAGUUGGAGCAGUGAUAUCUCACGUGUUUCCGGAUAAAUCAGAGAAGACAAUCGCCCAUGCUGCUAGAUCACUUACUCCAGCCGAGCGAAACUACAGCCAAAUUGAAAAGGAAGCUCUUGCAAUCAUUUUCGCAGUCAAAAGAUUUCAUAAAAAUGCUCUAUGGUCGUACAUUUACUCUACUGACAGAUCACAAACCUUUGAUUGCAAUCUUUGGUUCUAAGAAAGGAAUCCCUGUCUAUACGGCUAAUAGACUACAGCGCUGGGCAACAAUGCUCCUGAGUUAUGAUUUUAAUAUCAAGUAUCAGUCGACAAAUACUAUCGGUCAAACUGACGCUCUCUCCCGAUUAAUUGGAGUUCAACAUCCUGGACCAGAGGAUAUAAUCAUUGCCUCCACAGCAGUAGACCCAGAAAUACGAAGUAUAGUGGCAGAUGCCAUUUGAAACACUCCAGUGUCGUCAGAUGAAGUCAGGGAAGAAACGCUUCGAGACCCAACACUACAAGAAGUUAGAAAGUUCCACCUAGAAGGGUGGCCCUCGAAAAUCUAUUCCACAGACCUUCAACAGUUUUACCAGCGAAGACUCUCAAUCAUCGAUGACUGUCUGCUGUUUGCCGAACGUGUCAUAAUUCCCAAGAAGCUACAACCAGCAGUGCUUGAACAAUUGCAUGCAGGACAUCCUGGAAUAAAUCGCAUGAAAGCACUAGCACGAAGUUAUGUAUACUGGCCGCAUUUAGACACCCAAUUGGAGCAGCUAUCCCGUUCGUGUACCAAAUGUGCAUUAGCAACAAAAGCACCGCGAAAAGCAGAGCUGCAAUCAUGGCCAAUACCACAGUCACCGUGGCAGCGUAU